CAACUUCCUGAGGGCACCCUGUGAGCUCUGCUCCAAGUCCUGACUCUGCCUGGCCAAGUUCCUUUCCUGUCCCUGGGUUUGUCUUGCACUUUCUUCUAAGUAUUUCUCCUAGAAGGCAGAUGAAUCUCCUGGUUCCUCGUCCUGCUGUUCCUGCCAUUCCUGCCAUUCCUGACACUGACAGUUUUUGAACAACACAAGCAUUAUGGAAGGAUAACAGAUACCAGAAGAAAUAUGAAGCAGCAACUGUGAAGCUUGAGCAAACCAACCUUUGCAGCCCUAACCCAACCUGGCUUAAUUCAGCCUCACUGAACCAGAUCUAACACUCUUGGCUCCCAGAUGUUGCUACAACUCUCUGAUCUUUAGGAUCUUCUUCAAUUUCAGCUAGAAUGCUGCGUCAAGCACUUCGCAAGUUUGGUCAAAAGCUGGUACACAGACGUCCACUGGAACAAGAUGUAUAUGAGUUUAAAUAUGGUAGAAGCCUGAGCACUCUGGAUUUAGUGGCCCUGGGUGUGGGCCGCACAGUGGGGGUUGGUGUGUAUCUCCUGCUUGCUGAGGUGGCUAGUAGUCAAGCAGGACCAGCCACUGUGAUAUGCUUCUUGGUGGCUGGCCUAACUUCGUUAUUGGCUGGGCUGUGCUAUGCAGAGUUUAGCGCCCGGGUUCCGCAUUCUGGUUCCGCAUAUCUCUACUGUUUUGUCACUGUAGGUGAACUCUGGGCAUUCAUCACCGGUUGGAACCUCAUCCUUUCCUUUUUUAUUGAUGCAAUCGUUAUGAUCCAGGCCUGGACCUUAAUUUUUGACUACCUGAUUGUAAAUCAGAUCUCUGAGAGCAUCUCAGAGUACAUUCCCCGGGUUUUAGCAGAUAAUCUAGUCUACUUUACUAUGGUCCUUUGGUUUUUUCUCUUAGAAAUUCAAGAUCUGGGUUUUCGUGGGUUCUUCAGGGUUUUCAAACUAUUCACAUUGGUGAAACUUUUGGUUCUCAGUUUUGUCAUCAUCUCUGGCUUCGUUAAGGGGGACCUGCACAACUGGAGGCUCACAGAAGAGGACUAUAUAAAGGGUGGACUCAAUGACACCUCUAGCUUGGGCCUUCUGGGCUCUGGAGGAUUCAUGCCUUUUGGCUUCCAGGGGAUUCUUCAAGGAGCAGCUACCUGUUUCUAUGCUUUUAUAGGUUUCGCCGUUAUUGUUACCAGAGUCAAAGAGUCGCACAAGCCUGAGCGUUCCAUCCCCAUGGGCAUUGUUAUUUCACUGCUCACCUGCAUCUUGGUGUAUUUAGGUGUCUCUGCGGCAAUUACACUUAUGGUGCCUUACUACCAGCUCCGACCUGGGAGCCUCUUGCCUGAGGCAUUUCUCCAUAUUGGCUGGGGCCUGGCCUACUAUGUUGUAGCUGUUGCAAUUUUCUGUAGUAUUUUUGCCAGCAUGUAUUGUAGCUUAACGCACCCCAUACUUUUUGUGAUAUCCAUGAUGGCAAAGGAUGGCCUCCUGUUCCCUGUGCUUGCCAGGGUCAUCACUGGCACAUACGCUCAGUUAGUGUUCAGGAUAUUCAUUUAUGUUAUUGGAGUAAUCAUAUUAUUCUUCUUUGGAUUCGCUGAUCUCUUGGACCUCAGGUCAAUUGCGACCCUGCUAUCUUAUUCCCUGGUAGCUUUUUGUGUUCUCAUCAUCAGGUAUCAGCCUGAGAGUAGGAAUAAAGAAAACGAAGCAGAGGAGCAAGAGGAGAAUGAGCUAAAUGAAGCAGAGGUGCAGGAGGAGAGCCUACCUGCAGCAGAGAAGCUAACUCUACAGGGACUAUUUUUUCCAGGCAGCCCCACCCCCACUCCACUCUCUGGCCGAGUUGUCUAUGUUUGCUCCUCACUGCUUGUUCUGCUGCUGAUUGUUCUUUGCCUGGUGCUCGCCCAGUGGCCAGGUUGGCUUUCUGGAGACCCAGGGUGGAUCACAGUGGUUGUGCUGCUCCUGGUGCUCAUCACUGGGUUCACUGGAAUCAUCUGGAGACAGCCACAGAACUCCACUCCCCUUCACUUCAAGGUACCUGGUCUGCCUCUCCUCCCACUCCUGAGCAUUUUUCUGAAUGUUUGCCUUAUGAUGCAGAUGACCGCUGGCACCUGGGCCCGAUUUGGUGCCUGGAUGCUGACUGGGUUUGUUAUCUACUUCGCCUAUGGGAUCCAGCACAGCCUUAAGAGGCCAAACCAUAGACCUUGAACUCAGCAGUGCCAGUACAUUUUUGGUUUGACAUCAUCACACCUGAAUGCAGUCUGGUUCCCUGCACAGUAAUGGGGAGUACUCUUGAGCACAUGGGAAUCUAGGGCUCCUAUGAGAUAUUGGUGUGAAAAUACUAAUAGAGCUCCAUAUUUACGGCAGAGUGAAAGAUGAGACUUUGCUCUUUCUCCUUUUUUUUCUUUCUACUUUUUAAUUGUGUCUAUACUGUUUACUGACAUUUACAUAAUUAGUAUUAGAAGAAGCUGGAAGGCAUUUUCCUCUUCUUUGGUUAAAUAUCCACUAGUGAAGGAUGUAGCUAGCUGUCUCAGUCAGUAUAGCAUGAUUCUUGUCUGAGUCUGGUGAGUAUGAUCCCCACAGUGGCUGUCGCGAUUAAGAAAAUAUCCAGUAGCAGAAUUACCGGAUCACAUGGUAGUUCUUUUUAAAAUUUUUUGAGGAAAUUCCAUCCUUUUUCCCAUAAUGCCUACACCAUUAACAUUCCUAUUAACAGUUCAUGAGGGUUCAUUUUUCUCUGUAUCUUCGCCAACACUUGCUUUUCUUCUAUUUUUGAUUUUAGGUAAAGUGAUAUCUUAGAUUGCAGUUUUAAUUUGUAUUUCCUUGAUGAUUAGUGAUACAAAGCAUCUUUUCAUGUGUCCAUUGACCAUCUGUAUGUCUGGAAAAUAUUUAGGUCCUCUGCCUUUUUUUAUUUGGAUUAUUUAUUUUGUUGGUAUUGCACUGUAUAUGUUCUUUAUGUAUUUUGAGUGUUAACCCCUUAUUAAUAUAUCACUUGUGAGUAUCUUCUCCCAAUCAGUAGGUUGCCUCUUUUUGUUGUUGAUGGUUUCUUUUUCUGUUGGAAAGAAUUUUAGUUACAUGAUUUUGAAAAGAUAUAUGCACCCUACGUUUAUUGCAGCAUUAUUUACAAUAAGCAGGAUAUAGAAGCAACCCUUGUAUCCCCUGAUAGCUGAAUCGAUAAAGAAGUUGUGAGAUAUACAUAUAUUAUAUAUAUAUAGUAAGGAAGAAUAGAAUCUUGCCAUUAUAACAACAUGGAUGGAUCAGGUGGGUAUAAUGCUAAAGGAAAUAUGUCAGUCUGAGAAAAACAAAUGCCAUAUGUAUGUUUUCAGUGUUAUAUAGAAUUUAAGAAAUUAAAAAAAAUUAAAAAGAAAAAAGAGAGAAUCAAAAAAACCCUAUCCCAGACUCCUAAAUAGAGGGCCAAACUGAUAGUUGCCAGAGGGAAGAUGGGUAGGGGAAUGAGUGAUUUAAAUAAAGGGGACUAAGAGAACACUUAUCUUGAUGAGCACUGAGAAAUACAUGGAAUUGUUGAAUUCUUGUAUUGUACACGUGAGAGUAAUAUAAGAACACUGUAUGCUCAUUAUAUUCAGUAAAAAUAAAAGAAACUAGAAAAAGACCAAAAAAAGAUGGCAUAUGGUCCCUGCACGUAAGAAGCUGGUAUUCUAAUACAAGGUGUAAAGCAAAGCUGUAACACAAAGUAGAAAGUGUUGUCAUAAGUAAUAUACAAAUAAUGUAUUUUGGGAAUUCAGAGUAGAAGAUGAUCAUUUGUGGCUGGCACAGUGGUGAGGGUUAAUUGGUGAAACUAGAGAAGACUUUGUACAGGAAUGGACUUUUAGUUGGCUGUCGUCAGGGAUAGGAUUUACCACAUAUGGGCAGCAGGGAGAAGCUGUAGGCAGUGGGAAUACCAGGAGGAAAAGCACAGGAAAACAAAACUGUUCAGAGCACUGAGCAGGCUGUGUAGCCUGAGCCCUGGCUGUGUGAGGGGACAACAGAGCCAUGCACAGGUGGAUUGCAGCCAGAGCUUUCCUCUGAGCACAAAGCACUUUGGCCUUGAACCCAUUACCCAUGCUGAGAACCCCUUUGUUGGUACUUAGGGACAUCUGCAUUCUUGGACUUUGAAGUUUUUCUACUGCAACAGUAGAAACCUGCUUUGGUCCACCUACUCAGAAAGCACACAGCUGAGAGCCAUGUGUCCUGGGUCACGGUCUUGUUUCUACCACUAACUACCAAUGUGAACUUGAAAAGUGCUCAGUCCCUCUGCUUGUUUAUCUGUAACAGGAGAGAUCAGGACUGAUAGUUCCUCAAGUCUGUCUACUUAAAGAAUUCUAGGAUUUCCUCUGGUCCUUCUGUUAUUCUCUUAACUAGGUCCCUUUACUGAACAUAAUCUGUACCCUCUUCCUGCCCACUUUUCACCACAACCCAUUGUUGGAGCUGUAGAAGUCCAAUAAAUAACAUGCCAUUCCCCCCACCCCUACCCCAUGUUUGGAAUCUAUUGAUAAUCAUGACACAGAGACAGAUGAUUGAAUCAUCAGCUGUAGAUGUGCAGCCUAUUGCCUUGCUAAUCCUGUAUCACUACAUUAGACAGACUUACUCCUCAUCACGAAAACUGCUGAGUAUCCCUCACUUGCCAUCACAGAAGAGUCUGCUUUAAUUAGUUUUUUUUCCUGUAUGAGCAGGUUGGAUUUCAUGUGUCCAGUGGUCAGGUUUGUUCUGGACAAAAUAAGAGAGCUAACAAAAAGUUGAAAGAAGCUAAACUGAGUAUGCUCCAUGUUACAUCUUCAUUAAUCAAGGUCACAGAGAGCCAGGUGGAGAGAGGCCAGUUGCAGUACUCUGCUUAGUGGUGCUCAGACUUCAUGGGGUGCCAUGAAACCUGGAGGACUUGUGAAAAGAGAUUGCUAGACCACUGUCCCCAGCGUUUGAAAUUCAGGAGGUGGGGUGGAACUCAGAACUUAUAUUUCUAACAAGUUCCCAUGUGAUGCUGCUGCGGCUGGUCUAGAGACCACACUUUGAAAACCAAAGAUCCAGCUGAAGCCCCUUCACGUGUAUAGAUGAAGGGAAGGAAACAAAGGUGUCCUUUGAACACUCACCUUCAUUCAAUGUAACAUUUAGAUUAAAAUGCCAUUAUUAUUUCACAGAGGGAAAUCUAAAUGAAUAAUUUCACAAUUACAUGUAUAUCAAAUGUGUACUUUAAGUAUCUUACAGUUAUGUCCA